AUGGCUACAUUCACACAUCUUAUCCGCUUUCUGGCCAAGGAUGGCCAGGUCUACUAUGGAGACGCGCUGCUUGACACAGGCGUGAGCGACAUCUCCAAAGCCACCCAUGCCAAAGUCAUACAGGGCGACAUCUUCGGCCAGCAUCGAGUAACUGACAAGGUCGCUGAGGUGCGCAUGCUCUUGGCUCCACUAGCUCGCAAAGACAUCGGAACCGUUCGCUGCUUGGGAUUGAACUAUGAACAACACGCCAAGGAAUCCAACUUACCCAUUCCCAAGUUCCCAAUUUUGUUCUUCAAGCCCGUCACCGCGAUCGCAGGCCCCACAGAUGAUAUCCCAGUUGCUCCAAUGGCGCAAGAAGGCGAGGGCCUGGAUUAUGAGUGCGAAUUGGUUAUUGUUAUAGGUAAAGAAGCUCGAGAUGUGAAGCAGAGUGAGGCAUUGGAGUAUGUCUUGGGCUAUGCCGUUGGCAACGAUGUCUCCCAUCGCGAUUGGCAGAUCAAACGUGGUGGUGGCCAAUGGAGCCUGGGCAAAGGCUUUGAUGGCUGGGCACCAUUUGGACCGGGCAUUGUGUCCUCUCGGGUGAUCUCUGAUCCCAAUGCUUUGCAUAUCUCGACAACUUUGAAUGGCACGACCGUCCAGUCCUCGUCUACCAAGGAUAUGAUCUUUGGGGUGGCCCAAACGAUUGCCUUUCUUUCGCAGGGUACCACACUUCUGCCUGGCGAUUUGAUCUUCACUGGAACGCCCCAGGGUGUGGGGAUGGGUCGCAAGCCCGCACUGUGGCUGAAGAAUGGUGACCAGGUGACUGUAGCGCUAGAGGGGGUUGGGUCAUGCACCAACCGUGUCGUCUUCGAUAAGCCUGCACCCAAACUAUAA